UCCUGUUUGUGUCCAUUCCAUCUAAGAACAUGUUGGAGUUUAACCUGACCAAUGAGAAGCUGAUUCUGUUCUCCGCCAAGGCUCCACAGGUCAAACACAUGGUGGACUACUUCAUCACUGAACUGAAGAAGGACUCUGAGUUUGUGGUGGCAGUGAGGAACUACAUUACAGAGGACAGAACUCUGCUCAGCUUCCACAAGGGAGACGUCAUCAGAUUACACAGCGUGGAGGGACUGGAGGAAGGCUGGCGGUACGGGGCGGUCUACGGGCGAUGGGGUGUGUUUCCAGGUGAGUGUGUGCAGCCGGUCGCCGCUCCAGACUUCCUGGUUCUCCCUGCUGAGAGGGCGGAGCCUCGCGACAGACACGGCCGUGUUGCCGCCUCCGCUGCGGUCGCCGUGGCGAUGGGCUCUACUGUCGCCGCCCAUGAACUGGACCUCAACACAGAGGCUGUGGUGGGCUAUGGUGAAGACAGCAGUAUUCUCCAGGUGGAAGGGCUCCCUCUACAGGCCAGUCAGUAUAACAUGGAGGAAUUCUCCAGGAAGUACUACAGACGGACUCAGCUGAAAACCAGGAAGGGGAAGGACAGCAGAAAACCAGCUGACAUGGUUAAAUACUCUAAGUCCCCUCUCCAGGAGUCCCUGAUAGACUUCACAGACAGCAACAUGAACAAGGUAGCGGCUGACAUCUCCCUGGCUGUGAUGAAGUUCAUGGGGGAUUACCCUCUGAGGGGACAGACAGAACAGGAGCUGGUCUCCACUAUCCUAAAGCUCAGUGGGGAGCACGGUCUGAUGAAAGAUGAAGCCUACUGCCAGGUGAUGAAACAGGUCACAGGAAACACCAGCUGCAAAACGGACAGCUGUCAGAGAGGCUGGAGGCUGCUCUACAUCCUGUCUGCUUUCCAUCGGUGUUCUGAGGUCCUGAAGCCCUUCCUGGUAAAGUUCCUCCUGGACGCCGUCUGUAGUCCUGGGGUCCAUUACCAAGGUAUAGCCAAGGCGUGUGAGCAGAACCUGAGGAAGACUUUCCAGUACGGAGGAAGAGUACACACCCCAACAGCAUGGAACUGA